AAGAGAAUGAGUUUCUUGCACACAUGGCUUCUGUUCACUCAGGUGAGAGCAGCUGAUCCUCCCUGCAUAAUACAAGGGCUGCCCAAUCCUCCUCAAUUAAGUAAAGAUGGGGAUGUACUGAUUGGUGGGAUUUUUUCUUUACACAACAAAUGGGACCAGCCACCACAAACAUUCACAUCAGGGCCCAAGCAAGGAGAAUGCACAAGUUUGAACCUCAGAGAAUUUCAAAAUGCACAAACAAUGGUAUUUGCCAUUGAGGAAAUCAAUAACAGAACCAAUAUUAUUCCUGGCAUCAAUUUGGGUUAUAAAAUCUAUGAUACAUGUGGAUCAGUUGAAAUGACAACAAGAGCCUCCUUGUCCUUAAUCAAUGGCGAUGGAGAAACAAAUUCAGUGGCCUGCCAAAAACCUGAAACAGUUCAAGCAAUCAUAGGGCAAACAUCGUCUACCCCCACUAUUGCCAUAUCUGCAACAGUGGGACCUUUGCACAUUCCUGUGGUCAGUCAUGCUGCAUCAUGUGCAUGCCUUAGUGACAGAAAAAAACAUCCAUCUUUCUUCAGAACUGUUCCCAGUGAUUAUUUCCAGAGCAGAGCUUUGGCAAAGCUGGUCAAAUAUUUUGAGUGGACUUGGGUAGGGGCCCUAUGCAGCGAUAAUGAUUAUGGGAAUAAUGGUAUAAAUGCAUUUAUCAGUGCUGCCAAAAAAGAGGGAAUCUGUGUUGAGUAUUCAAAGGCAUUUUCUAAGACAGACCCCAGAGAAAAAAUUCUGAAAAUAGUUGAGAUUAUCAAGGCUUCAACCUCCAAAGUUAUUGUAGCUUUUGUUGCAUACACUGACUUUGGGUUUCUUCUGAGAGAAAUGGCCUUACAGAACAUGACUGGGUUUCAGUGGAUUGGAAGUGAGUCCUGGAUCUCAGAUUUAAACACUGCCAAUGCUGAAUGGCAGCAUGUUCUUAAAGGGUCUGUGGGUUUUGCUAUCCCAAAAGCCAAAAUGAAUGGUCUUGGGGAAUUUCUGACUAAGCUUAAUCCAGCUUCUGAUAUAGCUAUUUACAAAGAGUUGUGGGAGACAAUAUUUCAGUGUAAACUUUCAACACAACAAAAUGUUGAGAUGAAACAAUUGUGCAAGAGCAACGAAAGUCUCACACAAGUUCAAAACCUUUAUACAGAUGUUUCAGACUUACGAAUUGCAAAUAAUGUUUAUAAGGCAGUUUAUGCUGUGGCUUAUGCCCUGCAUAGCAGUUAUGGAUGUUCAAAGAGGGACAGUGGACAAGGUUCUGAUUUGUGUACAAACCUUGCAGAUAACCAGCAACCGUGGAAGAUCGUGAGUGAGUUGACGAAAAUCCAUUUCACCACUGCAGCAGGAGAGGAUGUAUUCUUUGAUGAGAAUGGAGACCCAGCAGCGAGGUAUGAUGUGCUGAACUGGCAGCAAGGCAAAGAUGGUAAAACAGUAUUUGUUAAAGUGGGUUUCUAUGAUGCGUCUCUGCAAACACACCUUCAGCUAACAUUUAACAACAACAGUAUAGCCUGGGCCCACAACAAACCACAGGUAAACAACAGCUAUAUGAACAGAUAAUAUGUACAAUAAAUAUUUUAGAAACUUAUCAAUAAAACCGUACAAUA